UGUGACAAUCGAUAAGCGCGCGCGGGGCACAGAGGGGGUCAGUGUUUGCGUAUUUUGUGUUCCUCAGAAUAAUAAUAAUAUGUAAUGAUUUUUUUUUUUAAAUUUUUCACUAGACCGAACGUAAAAAUUCCGAACGUUUUAAUGGCUUACGUUCGUUUCGGCUUGAAUUAGGGUCAAGUUCUGCCGUAAUUACGGUGCGGUGACGUUUGUUUUUAUCUUGCAAAACUCCUAUGGUAAAUAAUUAAUGAUUUUUUCACCCAAGUUUUAUUUAUAGUCCUACUAUCCUUUAAAUAAACAAUCAUCUGGAAAAAUGUGAGCUAGUAUGCCUGAGAAACAAAUCGAGCAAUAAUUAUUCCAUGAUCUGUGACAAAAAAUUCUCCCUCAAAAUGACUCUAAUAAGGCUUUAGUGAAAUAUGGGUGGCUCAGUGAGUCAAGUUUUUCAGUCCGGAAGUGCCCUAUUGACCAACGGACAUGGCCAUAAAGUUUCUGAGUCAACCAGACAGAAAGUGCAAGAUAUUUUUGUUGCAUUAACUGCAAAUCCUAAAAUAGGGGUUCAAAGGCUAGAGGGCCUACUUUAUGCAAUACCUAAGAAUGAGAACAUAUUAGCAAUUCAUGAUGAGACUGGCUACAACCUUUUACAAAAAUGUGUAGGAGCAAAUAAUGUUGAAUUAGUUAGAUGGCUUCUAGCCAGGCAUACUGCCGCAGAUGUAAAUCGAUUCCCCUGCAGCUUACCACUUCACAUUGCUUGCCUCAAAGGACAUGAAGAAUGUGUAGAGGUAUUACUAAAACAUGGAGCUAAAAUUGACUUGGAGGCUAGGAUGUGUUGGCCAGGCCCUCAUAGUGGUAAUUGCGAGGAGAUAGGGAAAUAUUGUUCUACAAUACAGCAAGAUGAAACUUGUAUAGAGAGAGAAACCAGGGACAAUAAACCGCCAAACAAACUACAAUCUGCAAUUUAUUAUGCUUUAGAUGGGGACCAGGUCAAUACUUUGGUAAUGUUGGCUCAAAGAACAGAAGAUCCAUGGAAUGGUAUAUUUCGUGCAAGAAAACCCUUGCUUCAUGCGGCAUGUGAAAGAAAAGCAUGGAAUUGUACAGAGUAUUUAGUUCAAGAAAGAAGCGAAGAAAUUCAUAUUCUAAAAGACGAGUACUACCCUAUUCAUUAUGCUGCUUCCAAUGACCUCAAGUUCUUGGAACUACUAAUAGCUGCUGGUGCAGACACCACUGUCCGAACUUGUACGCAACAAAUGUCUUUAUUGCAUGUUGUUCUUUUAGUUGCACAUAAACCAGCAGAGGACACCAUAGCAACAAUUAGACUUCUCCUGGAUUAUGGCUGUAAAGAACUGAUUAAUGCUCCGGACAGUUUAGGAAACACACCUCUCCACGCGGUGGUGGUGCGUUACGCCUUAGAAGAAGCUCAAUAUGGUUACGAUAAAUGGAACAAAUGGGAUGUUUUACAUUUAGUGCGUUACCUCAUUCAAGCCGGUGCCAAACAGUCGAUCAAUCAUAGCGGAAAUUCGGCGGUCGCGUGCGUUUUGAGACACGUCAGGGAUUGGGAUGUUUGUUAUGAGUUGCUUAAUAUGUUGCUACAUGAAGGAGGAAAUCCCAACGAAGUGGGUCGCGACGGUUCAGUUCCCUUAAUGGUCUGCCUCGUCCCAUUAAUAAACAAAGACCCUUUACAUCACUUCACUCACAAUAUGAAGGUUUGCUAUUUGAAUUGUAUUAGAAUUCUUCUGGAAAAAGGUGCCAACCCAAAUUGUAGCUACCGUGCCAACCUGACGCCCCUUCACGUAUUAGUAUUCGCCGUAUCCGAAAAUAUUACGUUAAUUUGUGACGGGCAAAAGCAAACGAACUUCGACUUCAUAAAAAACCUGCUGGUUUUGCUUUUAACGCAUAAUUUAGACCCGAACGUCAAAGUGAGCACUAGAACCCAAAAUAUCCUUCAGUCCUGUAUGGAUAUGAUCCAAAACGUCAGGGACUGCAAGGAUAUUCACUACAUUUACGAUUUAACAUUGACGUUAAUCCAGUACGGUGCCAAUCCGGAUUUAUUGCUUAGCAUGUCGGAAGCGAUGAACCAUUCCCUACACUCUCAAAGCAUAUGGAAAACUAAGAAUUACAUCAUGUACUACUACGUAAUGCUAAUAUCACGAAAAGAAAACCUCAUUAUAGACCCCACGAUGACUUUCUCGAAAAUCAUUAUGUUGUUCUACCUGGUAAUGCAACACAAACCUUUAUUUGACUGUUUGAAGAUCUUGCAUACUCAACAGUUAAGUUUGGUACCGGGAAAAAUGACCGAACCGCUCACAUAUAUCAUUCGAGACUUGUACAGUAGACCCAGAACCUUGAAGCAAAUAUGUCGGGUCAAAAUUCAUAAUUGCAUUAACAGAAGACCGGGGUUGAACAUUAAUAAGUUGAAUUUGCCCCACCAGUUGAGGGACUACCUUUUGAAUUUUGAGCCGUAAGGGGGAGGAGGCGCGGGCAGUGUCGUUAAAGUGUUAAUGUUGUUGUUAUAUGAAUUUUUAUACUUGUGAUAUUUGAAUAAAACGUAUUAUGCUAGGAACGAAAAAA